CCUUGCCUAUUUGCCUCUCCACUUAUGAUGUCGGUAUAGAAUCCCUUCUUACGAAGAAAACUGGAAACUUCCUCUGAGCUUCUCCUCCGUUGCUCGCCGCCUUACACUCAAACGCUAUCUUUCUCUAUAAAACAUACUUCCUGGAUUUGUCAACCCAAAUAUUGUAAUAUCCUGUUAUUCAUUCGAAAGAAAAGGCUUCAGGGCUUCACAGAGGGGAAAGAAAAAUGAGUUAUUACAACCAGCAGCAGCAGCCUCCCGUGGGUGUUCCUCCUCCACAAGGGUAUCCAAAAGAUGCAUAUCCACCACCUGGGUAUCCUGUUCAAGGUUAUCAGCAGGGAGGAUACCCGCCUCAAGGGUACGCUCCAGGGUACUCCCAGCCUCCUCCUAGGAAAGAGACUGGUUUCCUUGAAGGAUGCUUAGCGGCACUUUGCUGUUGUUGCCUUCUGGAUGCUUGCUUUUGAGGCUUGAACGAUUCUCCAGUUUGUGGCUUUAUUUGUUCAUGAUUCUUCUCUUGUUUUAGGCAAACAAUGGCACUGUCUCUGACUCUCUGUAAUGAUAGUUUCCUUGUAAUUAAUUCAGCUGGAAAUUGUUACUUCUAUGAUGGAUGAUUUUGAUUGUGUUGAAUAAUUGUAAUAUUUUCCAGUUUCUCAUUUAUGGGAAUUUUGAUUUUGAUUUUGUUA